UACCAGGUUAAUCCUGCGGUGCAGACAGGAGGCCAGGGCCAGGUUUGCCAAAAUGAGGUCAGAUGUGCUGGUCAAGAUAGAGCUGCUGGAUCAGAAACACGUUCAAGACAUAGUCUUUCAGCUCCAACGUUUAGUCACAGCCAUGUCCAAGUAUCACAAUGACUGUCAAGUUGUAUUAAAAGAAGCGGAUGUGUUCCCAAUAGAAGUGGACUUGGCCAGAAGUACUUUCACAUAUGACACUAGUAACCAGUUUAAUGAUAAUGAGGAGGAUGAAGAGGAGGAAGAAGAAGGCACAGAUACAGCUAGAAAUCAAACGGGGGCUUUCAGUGGAGAUCUCAUCAGUACUGAUUAGAUAGGGUCUUCUUCAAAAGAUGUACAUGUAUAGGAUAAAAGUUGGUUUUCUGUUUUUCUUUGUUUUUUCAUAGUAUACCCAGAGCUUUAUUUCAUUUAAUGCAUUAAUUUCAGAAGUGGCAUUUGAUCAGUUUUGACUGAAUAUCAAUUACUGAAUCUUUUAAACUAAAGUUUUCUUUAGAAAGAAAACUAAAUUAUGUUAUUGAAUAUUUAAGCUACGGGUUGUUAUGAACUUCUUGUAAUGUCUUUAUUUUCUAUUUUUUCUCUUUUAUGAAGUCGUAGACUAAGAUGUGUUUGUAUUUUGUUUUUCAAAAAACACAAGGUGAAGGUAUUUUUUUCAUUCUUAGCCUUAUUAAGAAUGUAACUCAUUCCAUUGUUUGCUAAACAACAUUUAAGAUUAUAGAAGCUGGUAGCCACAUCAAAACAUUGGCAUUUCUAAGUGAAACAUAUUUUAAUAUGUAAAUAGAUAUGUAAGAAAGUUUGGAAUAACCCAUUUCUUGGCAGACCAAAUUUAUCGUUACUUGUUUCUACUAUCAACUUUGAUUAUAGCUUUCCUUCAAGGACUGUUUCAUUUACUGCCUUAGUUUAGUAAGAAUUAUUAUCUUAGACCCCGCUGCUACUUGUAUUGAGGCUACUUUCUGAAAAGUCCUGAAACUUGUGAAUAUUGUGCAAGUUGUAUAAUUAAGAAAAUACAGCCCGUGUGCUACAGUAUUUUCUAUUUUUUUCUGGGGAUGAAUUGUUCUUUUCUUUGAUUUUUCUUUUUUGAAGUCUCAGUUCGGUUGUGGCAUUUUGUUAGGAAGAUGAACUUUGCAUUUUUUUGUCUUUCCAUUGUAAUGAUCAUAUUAAGUUCUAUUAUAAACACAAAGUUUUAAUGAUCGCUAAUGAAUAAGAAUUAAUCUUGUUGGUGCUGCAAAAUACAUUCCAUUUAAGUUUUAAAUGCAACUUACUGGCAUUUAUGGCACGGCUGAAAUCCAUGAUUGCUGGCUUUUUUUAAUUAGAUAAUUAUAUAGACAGUCUUUAAUACUAACAAGAAAUGCAUGUUCAGAGAUGCAUCAUCUAGACAGAAGUAUUUUUCCCAAUUAUUCAGGCACAAGGCCUUGUGCAUUUUUGUACCACUUUACAUGUUAGUAAAAUUUCAACUUGUGCUGUAAAAACUAGCCAUACAUAUGUUGUAAUAGUGCAAUAUUUAUUGAAGGAAGUCAACUUCCAUUUAAGUCAUUUGAAUAAAUACUUUGAGUGAUUGGUAUCCAUAA